AUGGCACCUCGCGGCAUUGCCUUUGCCCUGCCGGCUGCGGCUGGUCUCGCCGCGCCCCGCGCCGCGGGCGCGCCCCAUGCUGGUGCGGAGGCGAUCAGCGCCAGCAGCAGCAGCGGCCUCUCGGCCACCACGGUGGGCGCCGUAGCAAGCGCAGGUGUUUUGGUGGCGGCGUUGUCUCGCUCUUCUGCCCGGGCCUCCCGAAGCCACGUCUCGCGCAACUUCUUCGGGGGCGACAGCACCAGCUACGCGAGCUUCGACCCGGCCAAGGAGCUCGGUGUCCAGGACCCUAUCGGGUUUUGGGAUCCGCUCGGGCUUUCAGCAGACAAGGACGAGGCAACUUUCAAGCGUCGCCGAGCUGUGGAAAUCAAGCAUGGAAGGAUCGCGAUGUAUGCUACAAUUGGCUACAUUGUUCCUGAGUACUUCCGAUGGCCAGGCUACCUGUCCCCCUCGCUGGGCCUGAAGUUCUCGGACAUGCCUACUGGCUUGGCCGCACUUUCGAAGCUGCCCGUGCUAGGAGGCGCUCAGAUCAUCGCGUUCGCGGGCCUCAUUGAGACGACAGGCUUCUUCCAGGCCGCCUCCACCACCGACGGCCGAGGACCUCGGGAGGGCCAGUUCGCCAUGAAGGACUCCACGGAGAGCGCCGAGCCCGGAAAUUACGGCGUCGGCUUUCCCAACUUCAUUGGCAAAGUAGAGGAUCCGGAAACUCGCAAGUCCAAGCUUGCGGCCGAGUUGGCGAACGGACGCCUGGCGAUGAUGGCCAUCAUCGGCAUGUUCUUCCAAGAUGGACUCACCGGCUCGGCGUGGGGAGAUUGGAGCCUUUAUACCGCGUCUCCUUUGAGGGCCGAGCCCCUCUCAGCUUCAGCAGCUGCAGCCGCCGCCAAGGCAGCCGCUGCGGCCAAGGGCGCCACGGCCACCACGUCGGCUGUCGCCGGCACUGCCGGCGCUGGCUCGCUGUCCAAGGGCGAGGGUGUGGCCGGAAAGAAGGGCCCCAGCCCCUCAUUCGACCCAUCCACGCAAAUUGGGGCCAUGGCUCCUCUCGGAUUUUUUGAUCCGGCCGGCUUUAGCAAGAAGGGCGACGAGGAUGGCUUCCGCACGCUCCGGGCUGCGGAGAUCAAGCACGGCCGCGUGGCCAUGAUGGCAGCACUGGGUGCCGUGGUUCAGCACUACGUGAAGUUUCCCGGCUUCGACUCCGUCCCGACUGGCCUGGCUGCCUCCAUCACGGCUCCUGGCAGCUACGGCUUUGUGGCCCUCUUCGCCGUGGCCGGCAUCUUGGAGUUGGGAGCCUGGACCGAGAGCCCGGAGAAGGAGCUUUACGGUGCCGCAGUGCCGGACAUGCGCUGGUUCACAGGAGUUGUAGCCAUGGUAGGGAAGAACGAGAACGAUGAGAAUUACCUUGAAAAUGUUAGCGAGGAGAUGCGGGAGAGGGAGAUCAACAACGGAAGAUUCGCCAUGUUUGCUGCUAUUGGUAUCAUUGUUGCAGAGCUCUACACUGGCAAGGAUGCCAUCGAGCAGUUUGGUCUUUAA